UAAAAGAAUUUUACAACAGUUCCAACGCUACGUUCUCUGUUGAACGAAGCCAUUUCUAUGUCAUACAAUAAUUUGAUCAGUUGUUAAUUAAUGAAAUUAUAAAUAUUCAAGUAAAUUUCCUCACUUUUGUAAAAUUUUCGCCAAAUUGUGUGAGACAAAUUUGUUACCUACAAUACGACGGGAUCAGACGGGAUUGAUCGAGUUCGUCCUUAACAGAGAGAGCCUCUAGUCUAAUCAUUUUAUCAGUUUCGUGUCUCAAAGCCGAGACUAGCCGAACUGAGCCGAGCUGAGCAUAGCCGAGUACGAGUCAACCGUUUGCGGCAAGAGAUGGAGAACUGAAAGCUGAAAUUGCUGAAAAACACGUCAAACAUGGCGGAGGCCGUUGUGGAUGGGAGUCCGAUGUCUCGGUUUUUUUGCCACAAGUGCAGCGUCGAAAUCGAACGUCUGUUGCCGAAUUAUACAUGUCCACGAUGUGCGUCUGGUUUCAUCGAAGAGCUGGAAAGCAGCAGCAGCAACGAGGGCAGUUCAGGCGUGGACGCAAACACCGAAGACCUAAGCGAUAGAGAUAUCGAUAUUUAUAACAUGCUCUCAUCACAGCACGUCGACCUUGACCGCGAAAUAACAGAGAUGUUAAUGGGUUUCUCAAAUACCUAUACCAAUCAACAGUUGAAUACCAACCAACAACCGGGUGGAGGCAGCAGGAACUAUAUGCUUGGGGGCAGAAGAAGGUCUAACUGGUCUCGCAUCCCUCAAGAUGGACGUCGCACCAGCAGUAGCAAUCGUAGAAGGCAAGAGACUCUACAGAUGCCUAUAGAGAAUUUCAUACAAGAUUUUCUCUUCAAUCUCUCGGGUGCAGCAAGUUUAAGCAACUCUGUGGGACAAGAUGCGCAGCCAUCUGUAUUCAAUAUUAGACUGUUCUUGGGAAAUCCUGGAGAUUAUGUUUGGGGUCGCGAUGGAUUAGAUGCUAUUGUUACUCAAUUAUUGAAUCAAAUGGAUGGUACUGGACCACCACCUUUAUCACGCAACCAAAUCGAUGAGAUUCCUACUACUACUAUAACGCAAAAUCAAGUUGAUUGUAAACUACAAUGCUCUGUUUGCUGGGAAGACUUCAAACUAUCCGAACCUGUUAGGCAACUACCAUGCCAACAUGUCUAUCACGCACCGUGCAUUGUACCUUGGUUGGAAUUACACAGAACCUGUCCCAUUUGUAGACAGAACUUGGGAGAUCAAAAUCAGGGUGAAGCGAACCAAGAUACUGCGGCUAACAUAGCCGGAUCUGCUUUUGCUGCUGGAUCUAGUUUUGCUGCUUUAUUCAGGGCAGCAAAUGAAGCAAAUAGAACAGGACAGCCAAUUAGCCGGACAUCGUCCACUUCGUCAUCUACUUCAUCAGAGCUUCAGUAGCUUCAGUACUUGUUCAAGUGAGAUUUGAGAGUGAUAUUUUUCUUUCAACUAUCCAGUUUCAUAAUUUAGUCGAAUGUAUAUCUAUUUUUAACACAUUGAUAUCACUUUUGGCACUCUUUCUUGCCUUUAAUAAGGCAAUAUAUCUCUACAGAUAAAAUGUGUCAACUACAAAAUUUAAACUUAAGCAUCGCUUAAUCAAUUGAUAUUGUCUCAAUGUAAAGUGCUGAGUUGAAUGAAUCGUUUCGUUCUACAUUCAGCAAAUUGUAAACUGAUAUGUUAAACCAAUUGUUAAUAUCGGCCAAAAUAACAAAAUCAUAGAUCAAAUUGUUACAUUUAUCUCUGCCUGUUGUGCUAUUUUAACAUUCAAUAUCAGGACAUUACAUACAUUAAGCUAUGUCUUACCAUCUUUACUAAUGCCAUUUGAUUGAAUAUUUAUAAACAUUUGAUUGAAACGUGCCAGGCAUUGACGAAUCAUAUGCUCUGUCAUAUUUCGGAGCAGAAAAGGCUUAAUUUAUAAUUCCAAUAAAAAUAUAAGAAAAAGAAAAUUAUUCUGUAGAAGCAACCUAUGUAAUCUUUAUAAACAUUAUUUAUGUGGGCAGUUUUAUUUUAGCAUUAAUUCAAACAAAUUCAGAACAGAUGAAAUUUUUUCUUGUAUGUUAAAGUGGGAUUUUUACUUGUCGCCGAGGCUCAGUAAAAUUGAUAUGUGUAAGUUCACGCAUAAAAAUUGCAAAUUGAAGACAAACUAAUUAAUUCAGACAAGUAUGAUGCAAUAUAGAUAAUGAAAAGAUUGAAGAUGAUACUUUUUACAGAAAAAUAUAUGUAUUUCCAAUUAAAACAUAUCGUAAAUAAAUUUAAUAAAAAGAAUUAAAAUAGAAUACAAAACAAGCAUCUGUAUAUCUUAAAGUUCAAUUCUUUUUUUCGCCUUUUUGUAAAAAAUGGAAAAAAGAAUAAUGUCAUGACAAUCACGUGAUUAUUCUUUUUAUUUUUAAGUUUAAUCAUCUGAUUGUUAUCACAUGUAUCUAUUAUUCUAUACCUUGAUAAUGGCUAUCUGAGUCUCGACGAAUAAAGACGCAUGAGUGUGUAAAAAAUUGCUUUCUUCAGUUAUCUUAACGCAUAAAAAUGUUUCUGACAUACAUUAAUGAUUAUAAUCAUUGAUUUUUACAACGCAAAUGCAUGUGAAUAAUCUGCAUUUGCGGCAGAAACUACUAUAUAAUAAAGGUACUUCAGAGAAAAAGUACUCUGGAGCUAAACUCUUGCAUUCGCAUUUGUGUAGUUUGCAGCAAUUGACAAAAUUGCAUACAUUGUAUAAACAUAAAAUAGAAUGUAGCGUAAAGAAUAUAAUUAGAAAUUGUAUUUAAAUUUUUCCAGCCGAUGUUACUGCAUACACAGUUAAAGUUAUUUUCGCGCUAUCUUUGUACAUAUGCGAUGAACAAGCAUUCAGUUAGUAUACGUUACAAAAAAAAAUAUCGCGCUAUGCUACUAAACGUCUAUUUAAAUUGUAUGCUUUAUACAUCAUUUUGUUGUCUAUUUGUCUCGAUGAUAGAAUAUUGUUUUGUUUUAAGAAGAUUAAAUAUUAAAAUAAAAAAGAAAGUUGAAGUCUGCAUAUACAAGAUUAUUACUAAAUUUCUUGAAUAAAAUUUAAAAAUACCAAUAUGUGUAUAGAAAAGUGGUUACAGUUUAUCUAUAAUAGAUCGUAGCUCGAACUUUGAAUUUAUAUUUCAAAUAAAAAAAUUUUUCUUGUAAAAUCUGAUAAAUAAGACAUACAAAUUUUGCAAUAUUUUAAAUUUUGCUAUCGGAUAUGUCUGAAAAUUUUUGGUUGGUUAAAUCCUUAUAAUUAUUUCAUUUCUACAUAAUUAAAAAUAGCAAUGGAAUAUCUAUCACAAUAUUACAUUUUGUUUAAGAUUAACAGUUAAUUUAAUUACAAGAUAAAUAUACGAAUAUAAUUAAUGAAAAGAUGAAUAUUAUUGACCUAACAAUAGCGACGUUUAAAAUAGCGUUGAUAUGAUACCAUAAACUUUAAGGAGAAACAUGUUUAAACACUACAUUCUUUACGUUCCUUUUUGAUGUGUCAAUAAUAAAGCAACGAUAUUUGUGUUUAUUAUAUAAAGUAAAUGAAUAUUUUUCGUUUGUUAUGUAUGUAUAAUAUAAAAAAAAACAGAAUUUAACGAUGUUUAUACAUGCUUUCCAGCAAAUAGUCUGUAAAUUUAUUAGUAGAAUAUUAUGGGAUAUAUUUAUUCGUCAAUAAAAACAGAGAUCUAAUAUAAUAUAAGA